AGCACUUUUUGGGGUUCAUCCGUGCCAUGAAGCUCUUCAUCACCUUCGAUGGAGCUGAACAAGAGGUACGCUUCGUGGUUUUGGUGGAGCCCAAAAGCACGGUGGCCUCCCUGCGGCAGCGCAUUCUUACAGAUUUCCGCUUGGUCUUUCCCAGUAGGUUGCCUUUGUGCUUCUUUCGCAUGGCCGCCGCAGAUGGGUUCUUUUUGACUGACGGCGCUACUGUAGGAGAAGUGCUGGACGACGGUUCCACGGUGACUUGCCACCGCGCGGAUGCAGAGGUGAUGGGCGCCCCACUUUCGGAAGAUCCAAGUGCCGAAGAGGUGAACGGCCUCUUCCAAACCUUUACCUCACAGGUCUCCUAUGUCGCCAAGGCCGUUUGCCACGCAGCCACUGUGGGGAGCGAGGUCUCAGAGGCAAUGCCCAUCCUACUGGCCAUGCUGAUGCUCCGUGGGCCUAAGCUCUUACAGGUCCGCACCGCAGCGCUAGACGCCCUGCAGUGCAGCUUACCACUGGCCUCUGGCGCGCGAUCUCUGAGCGCUUUCCUGGCGGCUGGAGGCCUCUUCGUGCUGCUGAGCAUGUUGUCGCCCUCCACCAAGCAGGGCAGCGAAGCGGAGGUGGAACGGGCCGCUGAGCUGUUCGAAGAUUUGCUGGCACAGCAUGGUGAUGUCUUGGGUCCCUUGUUGGAGGUGGCCCUGUGCGAGUUGGCCAGUGACUCGGGUGCCGCGGAGCUGGCGGCAGUGGGGCUGAAGCGGCAGAGGUCCUAUCUUUCACAUCUCAACGUGAUCUUGGGAAGAUUUGCAGGUCAUCCGAAAGCUAAGAGCAUCUUCGCACAGCUGCUUAGCAAGUACUUGCGGCUCUGCGAUGCUUUGGAGGCCUUGCCUUCCUGCUGGCCGUAUGUACCUGCGACCAUGAGGCCAGCCGUUUUAGAGUUGCUGGAAGAGGCUUUCCACUCCUCGCAGGCCACGUCCUCGGAUGCAAGGGCCCUCUUGGCAUCUCUCCAAGAUUCAUCGGUUCCUAUGGAGUUGCAGGCCUUUGUCUUGCAACUUCUGCGGAAGGUCUUGGAUCCAGGCCGCAAGGCGCACAGCGUGGCUCUCUCUCCAAAGGCGGUGAAUGGGGCCCUGAUGGCCGCGAUGCCGAAGCAUCCCUUGCUGUGUCUGGAAGUUCUGGGAACCUCCGCGCUGAAGGAGGACUUCCGGGUCUACUUGGCCAAUCAGCAGUCCUUGACAAAGUUCUUGGUGCAUUGCUGUUUACAGCCAGAGAGCUGCAAAGGUUCAGACGCUCUGGCCAUACAACGAGCGGCUAGCAGGUGCCUGGCGAACCUGGGGGUGAGCUCCGGACGCAGCGCCAACUUGGAAGUGAUUGGUCUCAAAGGCCUCUACGGAUCCACCGAAGAUUUCACGGUGCGGGCCUACUUAGGCACCGCCUUGGGGAUCGAGCAGCCGUGAUGACUUUCAUGGGAAAAGAUGGGGAUUUUUUCUGUGAGGAUUUUCCGUGAAUGUGGUAAACCCAAUGC